CUUUGAGGGACCCUGAUGCAUCAGGGCCAUCCUCUUCUCAGACCCCUUUUCGGUUGUGUUGCUCAAAGAAGCGUCGGCUUUUUCCUGAGAUCGCUCCGCACAAAUCAGCGCCUCGAGAACCGCGCAUCCUUCGCUGUCCGUGUGUUUGUAACGCGUCCAAUGGAAUGCCCAUGGCAGUUGACCGUCGAGUGAUCCCGUUCAGCUCUCCUGUUGUUCGGAAAAAGCGCUCUAAGGGAACGAAGAACAUGAAAAAAAAAAGAGGAGCUACGUGUGGAGAAGCACUGUAGAUAUCCCCCAAACGCCAAUCUUCCCUAACCUCAUGAAAGGACGAACAAUUCGACGUAAAGCAAACUUGGAUGGAAUUACCAGACCUGCAGAGACGCUGCGUGAUCACAUCACUGUUCCCAGUUGCAAAUUGGACAAGUGUCAAAAAAUUUUCGAGAGAAAAGUCCCAAAGAUGGCGAUUUGUUUUUUUCCCUGGACUGGUUUAUUGGAUACUUUGGAUUUGCAAAGCUGCGGAUUGAGUCAAAGUCAUAGCCUCAUGCGUGUCGUGGAACACCACCAGGAUCAAAGCAACCCGCUCUUGCGCAAAUGCUGUGUGGAUCGAUGACAGGCGAAGCAGUGUCUUCCUGCUCGUCAUUUACGCCAGCGUGCGUUGCAAGACCUGCAUCAUCAUCGCCGCUCAGCAAAAGUUAGUGCUCGUCAAGGCGGUCCGAUUUCAUUUGAAAAGCACUCGGUCAUUCUAUGCGAGUUCCUUCGCAGAGACACUCGAACGUUGUGUUUGCUCACGAACACGUAGCAAACGGCGCAGCCAGGCCUGCAACCGCGAUGACCAUGCGGAUAGUUGACAGAGAUGGAUCUCGCCCUCAUCAUGACGCCCGAAGAGCAAAAGUGUUGCCAGACACCUUUGGCAGCCGCAAUGGCACGGCUCUCACGCGAAAGGCGGGCUGGUUUCAACCGGCUAACGCCGGCCGACGGGCGAUUGUUACCGUUGGUACUUUCGUAGUCCACACCCAAAUCCACUUCUGUGGCGACAAGCUCGGCAGUGAGAGUCGUUUCGUUCAAGACGGAGUCCUUAGCUCCGCACAAUGAAUGCGAACAGGGUGCGGUGAUUUUUCAACUCUGGAUCCAAGUCUGGUGCUGCCGAGGAUGAGGUCGACAUCCGGGGGCUGGAGCGCCAUUACUGGACAGUCCAGGAAGACGACUGCUACUUGCUCACGCAAACAAGAAACGGCAGCGUCGGCGGACCUGAAAUGCGGCCGCCGAAAGCUUCGGGUGCUGCUCGUCGCUACCAAGAGUUCGACCGCCGGGGGAAAUUUGGAUUUCUCGACGUCCGGGAUCGCGCUGCGGCUCAGGCGUAGAUCGAGAUCGGAUGCGUCGAACCUGCGACUGGGUGAAGCCCGUCGUUUUGCGGUCUUGCCACAUUACACAUCCAACCGAUGUUGGACUUUGUGUGCCUUCUUUUUUUCUCCCGUCUUUCCAAGUUUACGUGUGGCUUCCGCACAGUUCUUGUUUUUUAUUUUUCUCCACGGGCCGUUGCACAUUGGGCCAUCGGAGAAGCUGCGCCGAGCGUCAUUUGCCAUCCAGCUUGCUUUGGGGUCUUGUUUUCUUCUUUGUUGGGAAUGCUUGCAUUACUUUGCAGCCAUUCACGCGUGUGUAAAACUUUAAAAAAAAAAAUUCAUUCCAACCGACACAGCGUCAUGGUUAAAGCUGGC